UACUGGAUACGCUGGUGGCGUUAACAGUUUCAGCAAUCGAUAGAAUAUAAGAACCCGCUAAUGACCAACUCAAAAAUAUACAAGCGACUGCUCUUUGAAAUUAUUUGACGUCGGAAUUAUUUAAAGUAAUCAGACCUUUGAAAAGUGGCAGUGAUCACCUGUUGAUCGAUUGAGGACAAUUUGUACUUUUUGUGAGGAGUCUAUUGCAUAUUUUCGUGAAUUUCUGUUAAUAUAGGACAAAAUGAUAUCGUCCUUAUAUUGAAAAAGCAGGGAUCAAUUCACGAAUAAAGGACAACAAGAGUUUUAAUUAAUAAGAUGAAGUGUUUCUUUUUUCAUAUAAACCAUUGUUCUACUGUCUUCGUUAAUAUUUUUAAAAUUUCAGUCUUUGAUUUCUUAAUCAAAUUGCAGAUUAUUCCCUAUUUAGCUCAUUUCACAAUUUAAAUAAAAAUCGAUUAAAUGAUUAUUGUAAUAUUUUAAUAAAUUAUUGUUAGUGAUACACUUAGUGCUCUCAUUUUCAAUAUUUAAUUGAGUAACUGAAAAACACGGCCAUUUCUAAAAAUUUCUUUAAUCGGGGAUUACUACAAUCAGUUGUUAUCCAAUAUAAAACAUUUCUUCUUUUUGUUAUAUUAAUUUUAUUAAUAUAGCCUUUGUAAAAUGUUUAUUAUCUCACAUGUUCUUUGUUAGAAGUUACUUUUUUUGUUUUAACUUUUAAUGCUGUUUUUGAAUUUGAAAUAUUUUAAAACUGUUGGGAGCAUUGGAAAAUCGAAAGAAAAUCCAUAAAGUCAUCAGCCAAUAGGAUCGCUUUGUGUGACCGAAGCUUCGUUCUUGGUUCAGUAUCGGCCAUUUUCCUUGGCGUCACUCGCUCGUGAAGAACGGUUGUUAACAGUUGUCCUUCUUUCGUUGCUAGUUUACUAUAAUAAUUAAAAAAAUGAGUGCUGAAGUAGGUCAGGAAGAAUCCAAACCUGAUAUCAACGGAUUAAAAAUGGAGAAGCCCAACGAAAAUCAAAAUAGAAAUCCGGAUAAUAGGCGUGGUGGAUACGGUGGACGUGGAGGAAGAUUUAACGGGAAUCAAAGAGGAAAACCUGGCGAUAUGAAGUUUGAUAAGGGAGCUGAGCAACAAGGAGGCGGUCCUAUGGUAGGAGGCGAGAUGCAAGCUGAAGCAGGCGGCAGGCCUCAGGGAAGAGGUGGCUAUGGUGGUGGCCGUGGAAACAGGUUCAAGAACCAAGGAAACCAACGUGGCAGCGGUGGCGAUAUGUCUGGGUCCGGCGGAGGUUCCUGGCCUAAUGAGACUGCUGUCAUGAAUGACCGUUUGUUAAAAACUGUUGGAUCUUCAACUCUUGAUAUCCCACCUCUAGAAUACAAAGAGAAAAAAUUUAACUCAAGGUGUCGGCUUUACAUUGGAAAUUUGCCUGCUGAUGUUACAGAAGAUGAGUUGAAAACUCUUUUUGCACCCUACGGUGAUACCAGUGAACUGUACAUCAACAAGGAGAAGAAUUUUGCUUUUAUCAGGCUGGAUUAUCGUUCAACUGCCGAGAAGGCAAAGAGGGAGCUUGAUGGCCACACAAUGAGGAACAGGAACUUGAGGGUGAGGUUUGCUCCGUUGGGUUCAACUGUCAAGGUGAAGAAUCUCACUCCAUAUGUUACCAAUGAGCUCCUCGAGUUGGCAUUCUCCGUAUUUGGAGGUGUUGAGAGAGCCAUGGUCAAUGUUGAUGAAAGAGGAAACAGUUUAAAAGAAGGUUAUGUCAUUUUUACAAGGAAGACUUCUGCCCAGAGUGCAUUGAGGCAUUGUGCUGAUGGUUGUUUCUUCCUUACAAGCUCCCUUAAACCUGUUAUUCUAGAACCAUUUGAAUUAGCUGAAGAUAGUGAUGGAUUUAGUGAAAAAAAUAUUGCUAAGAAAGGUCCUGAAUUUUUUGAAGCUAGAGAGACUGGUCCGAGGUUCGCCAAGGCUGGGUCCUUUGAGUAUGAAUUUGGAACAAGGUGGAAGCAGAUCCAUGAGCUUUACAAGCAGAAAGAAGAAACUUUGGAGCGAGAAAUGAAAUUAGAAGAGGAAAAGCUUGAGGCCCAAUUGAAGUAUGCCAAGUAUGAACAUGAAACUGAACUCUUGAGGGAACAAUUGAGACAGAGGGAAAUGGACCGCGAAAGACAAAAGAGGGAAUGGGAACUGAAGGAACGCCAAGCCGAAGAGCAGCGAGUUGCUGAAGAAGAAGCUCUGCGUAGGCAACAAGAGGAAAUUUCUAGGAGAAUGCUCCAUCAUGAAGAUGAGUUGCACUCACCAGAUGAACAGCUUGAUGGAUCAGCCGGAGAGUACCGUGAGGCCCGGAGGUUACAAAGACACGCAGCCACCCUUGGACUACGAAGCCGAUCCCGCCUACAACUAUGAGGGUGGCCAGAGGGGUGCAGUGGAGGCGAAUUACAUGGAUAUGGGAUAUAGCCGGAGCAGGGGUUACGAAGGCGCCCGCCAAGAGAUGGACGAAAUGGGAUCGAGGAGGCCUACAGGAGGUCGUUGGGCGCACCAGGAACGCAGGGGGCAAGAAGAUUUCCCUAACAAGAGGCGUCGAUAUUAAAUGAAGUUUUUAUACCUUAACUCCUCAACUAUAUAUUUGAUAUAGUUGAUUUAUCCGGUCAACAAAUAUAUAGAAUUUGAUCUUUUAUCAGAUGAAGAGCUCUCUUUCUAUCAUUGGGAGGAGCAGGUUAAUGUAUCUAUAUUAAUAAAAUAAAUAUGACUUUAAUAACAUCUUCUCAUGGCUUUUUGUUUUAUAUCAUGUUUUAUUAUUACUAUGUAGAAUUACAUAACAAUGUUUGAAAUUUAAUAUUAGUAUUGUUUAGCAGUUAAACUUUUUUUUUGAGAAACAAAAUAGUUUAAAUAAAUGUUUUUAUGUUAGAUGUGCUUGUCAAUGUAGCAAGUCUUUAAUCAGUUUCAUCUGGAUUAAAAAAAAAAAAAAUAAAAAAAAUAAACGAUUAAUAAUCUCCUGUCCUUAUUUUUAUAAUUUGGUGAAAAUAAAUACCUGAGGGGGCCAAGAGGCAAGAAUGACCUUGAUUACAAAAUGAUAAGUCAAGUAUUGUUGUGUGUAUAAUUGAUUGCAUGUUAGUAUUUAACCUACGGUCGAUAUAUAUAUAUAUGUAUUAGUAUAUUUUUAGUACUCUUUUAAUAAUUGUUUUUUCUCUUAAUCGUUAUAUCAUAAAUAACAAAUAUUUCAGAGUUUACUCGAUCAAAAACAAUUAUAAUUUUUUAGGCUCUAACUGGGUUAGUAAAUUGGAAUAAGAAUAAAAAAAAAGAUGCAUGAUUUAAUUGAAUUUUAUUAAAUAACUUUAUUAGUGACAUUAAUUAGCUUUAAAUUAAAGAGAACAUUUUUCAAUAGUUUUGUCAGGUGUCUUUUUGUUUCCCCUAGGUAUUUGUUCUUGGAACUUUAAAUUACCUCUGAAACAUUUACUUAAAUUUUUAUUUGCAAUAUAAUUAAUUAAGUAAUGAAUAAUUGAUUAUACAAUUGAUUGUAGUUAAUUAUAAUCGUUUUGAAACCAGUCCAAGUUGAGUGAAAAAGAAUUGUUAUAACUUCGUCGACUUGGUUUCAUUUAAUAAUAUUUAGCAUUUAAGUUAGUAAGAAAUAAACAGAUUGAUGUAUUCAUUUUUUAUUUGUAUUUUAAGCAUUAAUAAAUCUAUAAAUUAUUCCUCAAUGUUUUGUGUUACUUUAUUUUCAUUAAAAUUUCAUCUACAAUAAACUAUAUUUGUAUAAUUUUUUCACUGAUAGUAUAUGCGCGAGUAAUAUAAUUUAAAUGAGAGGCUCUAUUGAAUACGAUGCUUGUUAAUAUAUUGCAAAGUAUUGAGAAUUUAAAAAUUGCUAAUAUUUCUGUCAUUCUGUUAAAAUAAUUGAAUAUUCCAAAAAUUAUCCAUAGUUAAAUAUAUUUUAUAUAUAUAUAUAUAUAUAUAUAUAUAUAUAUAUAUAUAUAUAUAUAUAUAUAUAUAUAUAUAUAUAUAUAUAUAUGGCUCCUGAUAAAUAAUUAGUCAGGGUUGUAAAUACCUCAUAGUGUAUAAUUACGAUAGUUGACGACUGCUUCGGUAAUAAUUUCAAACCAACCAAUGCAGUAUUGAUUUACCUUAUCUAAGUUGGCUAUAGAAAUAGUUCUUAUUGAAAUAAUUAGGAAACCUGAUAAAAAAUGUAUUUUAUGUAGGUAGAUUAUUUAUUGGUUUUGUCAUAGUUGCUCUAAAUAUAUAUUUUCAUGUUCUGUCUCAAUUACUUUAAUAUAGUUGUGCAUAAAACAAGAAAAUAUUCGUUAUUUCUUCUUUUCAUGCUUUUUUUUCCCUCUUAAGGUGCUACAUAACAGAGAUUGUCGUAUUAAUGAUUAACACAAUUUUGUUUUACUGUUGGCUUUUCAGAAAACCUGUGUUAUGGUAUAAAACUAGUCUAGUGCCAAUGAUGUUAUAAUACUCGAAGAAAUAAAGAAAUUUCAUAGAGCACUUAUAGUACAUUAUAGUUACCACUUCUUCAGAUAAGUUUAUAUAAAGAAAUAUUACUUGAGCCGUAAAGCAUUUUGCCGAUGGGGUGUUGGAUUGAGUUAUUUCAAAUUUUUUAUGUAAUUUAUGUCUAAAUGUUGCUUCUGUAAAGGCAAAUGCUGAAUUCAAUUAUAUAUUUAAAGAAGAGAUCAUCUUUCUUUAGUAUUGCAUUACACUGAAAGAUUAGCUUGAGCUAUGUGGCCACUACUACAUUUUGUCCAUUUGUCAGUUGAUUCUGUCUUCUUUUAUGACAAACUCAUCUUUAAUAUGUUUUAACGAGAAAAUUAUAGGAUUUUUCCUCUCUGUUCUUUUAUUUCAGUGUUUUAAGUAAUACAGAACUGCUUCUUAAAUAAAUACCCUACCUGUUUUUAUUUUAUUUAUUAUAAUGGGUUAGUACUUCGUAUUUAGAUCUAUGUUAUGCCAUAAUUUUGGCAGUUUUAACAAAUCUCAAAAGGCUUGCUGAAUUAACAAGCUUUCAUCCGUUAAUUGAUAAGUCCAUUCCCAACAAUUCAUGAAUCUUUUUUUACCCGUUGUUCGUAUGAUACUCAGUUUGAUUCAGUCUACAGAAAUAUGAUAAUGAAGAAAAUAACUAUCUACAUGAAAUGGUGUUGAGGUGAUUCUCGAAGUCCUAUUAAAUGUAAUUGCACGAACAAUAAUACUGGAAGAGAUAGUUUUUAAUAUUUUUUUUCCUGUAAGACAUGGUUAUAUUUUAUCGUUAUUUGGGGAGACGGAGAGGCUUCAACUCGAAAGCCCCCCCUCACCCUUAGAGAUCCGCCUGUGGUUGUAGUGGUACAGUUUUUUUUUUUUUUUUUUUGCUAGCUUAUCAGCAUCUUUCUUGGAAUGCCCCACUUCAGUGAAGAAUCAAUCUGUGUAACAAUUAUCACUGUUAUUUUUUUAUUUUUUUAAAUGUAUUUCCAUUUCCCUCCCUUGUCUUUAGACAAUGCCGGAUUCCAAUUUAUUGUAUAAAAGCAAUAAUUUAUAAGUCUUUUUUUUUACUAUUUCAAUAUUUCUGUGCAGGAAUUAUCAUGUAUUGAGAGUUGAGGAAUUGUGAGAGUUCCUGUCUCAUUUGCCUUACUCUAUAUUAAAAUGGGUUGUGCCUAAUAUUACUUUUUACUCCUGCUAGGCCUCGUAUGGAUAGCUAUCCGCAGGGUCGAGUAGAGGUAAAUCUUCUUCAGCGCAAGUGAUGAUGAUAUGUUUGGCAGUUUGUGGGACACCACAGCUGUAGCGUAGGGGAUUCUCUUGUCUAAAACUGUGCAACUCCCUGUGUUGCUUUACUUAAUGUUGUCAAUACUAGUGUAUUACUUAGUCUUAAUAUAAUGUAUGUGGGAUUAAAAUGUCAGAUUGCAUGUCCUCCUUUUUUAGCUGUGAAAAUUUCAAUAUUUUUCUUAAGCUCCGGCUUUUGUUUCAUUUGACAUGUUAAUGGAUGGUUUUAAUGCCUGGAGAUGGUUGAACACAUGUCGAUUGUAUCUGAUCUAUAAUAAACAAUUUUUUCCCAAUUCUAAUGACGAUGAUAUGACAACUUUAUAUGAAUUUCAUAACAAGUGUUUGGUUAUGGGGUAGGGUACUUCUUGUAAUUAUAUUUUAACAUUUAUUGUGUGAAUUUUUGUAAGGUUAGAAUUUUAAAGUUUUCAAUUAAGGUUAGAAUUUCAUGCCUCUUAUUACACUUUUGAAUAAUUAAAAACAUUUUGAAAUAAGAUGACUCGAUUUCUACUUAAGGACAUAUUGUUUUCUGUCCUCUCAACUGUGGAUGUAUAUAAGCUUAAUGCUUGGUUGUGGACAAAACCUUUGUAAAUAAAACAAUUAAAGCAGUAGGUCAUUUUAACUUGAAUAAACAAUUUUUACAUAGAUGAUGGCCAUUAUGAUGUAAUGGUGAUCACAUCGAGCUAAAGGAAUAAAUGACUUUUCAUAAAUAAUCUUUUGGAGAAUUUAGGCUUAGGAAUAAGUUUAGAAUUCUUGAAGGAAAUCGCAGGAAUACCUAAGUCUUAGUUGAAAUAAGAAAAAAACGCUACAUAAAUAAAAAAACCUUACUAGAGUUAAAACAGGUUUGUAAACUGUAGGACAAACCUUUCAUCCAGGUCCAGUUGGCGAUUACAUGAGGACGAUAAAGAAUAAAAAUCCCUUAUAAUUAAUAAACCAACGCCGAAGGAAUAUUUUCAUUUGAAAGCAGAAUGGAAUUAUGUAUUUAAUACCUAAUAGGCAAAUAAUGAAUCAAAGAGAGUCUAGUCUGCAAAUCUAAUGAAAUAUUUCAGCCUUUCUAAAUCAAGACAUGCUAAUUCCAACUUUUAAUUUUUCAAGGAAUUUGUUAGUAAAUGAGAUAUUGAAUAACUAAAAUUUUAAUAAUACUGAUAAAUAUAUAAUAACAAAUCGAUUUUAAUUCUAAAAUACUCAAUUUCAAAUAAACAAUAUCAGCGUUUAUUUCCAAAGUGAACUCUAAUCAUCAUUAACAAAUUUUCAGGAAACGUGAAAAACUAUAUAUAUUCUCUAUUUCAAAUAUAAUAUCAAAAGCAAUUUUAAAAAGAAAUUUCUUUCACGAAUUUCUGAAAAUAAUUGAUUAUUUUAAUAUUAAUUAAAAAACAUUAAAACUUUUUAUCACAACCUCUCUUGGAACAAAACAGGUAAAUUUGGACUGGAAAAAAAAAAAAUUGGUGUAUACGAUCUAGUAGCAUUACAAAAGCAUAAUUUUUGUUACACUAGUGGUACAAUGAAAUGAAUUUAUUUUAAAUUUUACUCAAAUAAAAAGAUAAAUUAACAUUCAGUGGAUUUUUUUCCUACUUACUGAAAAAUGCGUUCGGUAACAUCCAUUGGAAAAAAAAAAAUAAUAAGGUAUUUGUAACUUAAUGGCUGGUUAUUACUCUUUAAUAAUAUGUACCUCAUCUUCCAUAGAUAUCUUAUUUUAAAAAACUGGAAAAAAAAAAAAAUCUUAAAGUGAAACCAUUUAAAUUGAGUAUAUCAUCAUCACAAGUAUUAAAUGAAAUAAAUUAAAAAAAUAAUUUUAUUGUUUUUAAUUCUAUUAAAUGUGUUAAUGGCCACUUUUUAGGUGGUAUAAAUAUCGCUACUAGAAUUGAUGCCAGCUUGUCAACAUUGCGUACGAUAUAUGUCUCUGGAUACGCAAUUGUAUUCAUUUUGCAUAUCUCGAGGAGAAAAUUGCUACUGUUAGUGCAAAAGGUCGUAUGUAACAAGUUUACAUGUUUAUUCUGAAUGCGCUAAAGGUGACCGUUAGCAGUCUGCUAAAUAUGAAAUUGUAGUAAUAAAUCAUAAAGAAAUAAUAGUUUUUUCUUAAGCAAUUUUUACAUAUCAUCUUUUGCACCAACAAUAGCGAUAUGCUUAAAACAUUUUUAGAUACGUACGGUAGGUGAUAUACAUUUUGCUAAUAGAUCUAACCUGAAAAGUAAAAAUAUUUUAAAUUUGUUGUUUUUUUGUUUUUGAAAAUCUUUUUGGAGGUCAACUUAAAACUAAUUGGUCUUAAUAGUAAUGCAAAAAAAAAAAAAUUGAUCAUUAUUUGAUUAAAAAUUGGAAUUUGCCUUAAUAUAGUAAAUUACUUAACUUAUAUUUUGGAUUUUAUGGAAGUUUGCGGAUUAAAUAUUGUUUAGAUACUUUCAGUCCGGUAUACUACAGGAGAAAAAAAAAAAAAAUAUUCUGAUUCCAAGUUACCUAUUUCUAUAAUUAUGUACCUACAGUGCUUGCUAUAGUAUGAUAGAAUUUGAAACCAAUCCAUGUCAAAGCGACAUUAAAUAGUUUAUGUUGCAAUUAACGAGACGAAGGUUAGAAAUACUGGAGUUAUCGUUACUGGAUACCUUAAGUGUAGAUGUUAUAGAUAACAUAAGUUGAACGAGAAGGGUAUUAUUCUCUUCUUUAAAAUUUACAACUAACCUUGUAAGUUUUGUAUCACAGCCAUAAUAAUAUCUGACUUAAGAUGUCUCUCUUUACAUUCUUAUGGAUCUGAAAUUAAAAGGGACAUUGUUCAAACCUUUAAAACUUGGAGUAGUUCUAACAAUGCCCAACUUCAGUUGUUAUUAAAAAUAUAUAUCUAACAUGAUUAGUUUUCUAUACCUGAAUGGUGGCAUUUUAAUGAACUUCAGACCCUGGAAAUGGAAGAAAAAUGACAAAUCGAUUUCAUAUUGUUGGAAUUCAACCUAACAGAAGACUGUAUCGAGACAAGUCUUCUGGAUUCCUGUCUGUUCUGCCUUAGGUAAAUGUAUUAAACAAACAAAAAAAUUAAUAAGAACUGUGGUGAAGAUGUUACAUUAUAGGUUAACAUAAAUGGCUGAUUCUAAAUGAAAUAGUGAGUACCUAACAUCUAUGGGUAUUUUAUGUUAACCUACAAGUUCAUAGACUUCAAAUUAUUAAUUAUUAAAUUUAUUGAUUAUUCUUCUGAGGUAUUUCAAGUUUUAUCAUAAAACUUAACAUUUUGUUCUGUAUUUGCAAAUAUGGAUAUCAGGUGUUCAGAAUAUCUACCGUGUGAGGAUAAUACAAUAGUAAUGUAAAACAUAAAAAUUCGAUGACACUCGAGUGAAGAUAAAUGUUUUAAACAUUUCAUUUAUUUUAUGUAUAUUAAUAGUAAAACUUGUGUAUAGGAAUUAGAAGCCUAUAUUUUCCGGUUUUGCCUAAUAUCAUUUGCCAUACCACAAUUGGGUCUGUUCAGAAGAAAAUGAAUCCUCCCUUGUUUCAAAUAUAUGGAAGCAAUGAAUUUGUUGUGGACCAAGUUGCUACUGAAUAUGUGAGGACAGCCUGGACGAGGGUCUGGACUGAUCUCAUUGUUUGGUUUCACUUCUGAUCCCAGUUGAAACAUAACUGCACUCUUUGGAAUCCACAUCCUUUAACUUACAGCUGUUCAUUUAUUACUAGACCAAAUUUUGAAUCCGCCUACUUUCUCAAAAUUGAUAAGGGAUUUGGAUGCAUCUUUUAAUUCAACCGGUCAGUUAAAGAUGGUCUCACCAACCCGACUCUACGAUCCAGGAACCCCCCACUGUUGUGCUAAGCUGUGAUGGUAACUAAAUUAUCAUGUUAUUCUGAUCUUUUAAUCUAUUCAUUGUCAGUGUUACUAAAGCAUCCAAGUCAAUCUGACAUGAUACUGUGCUGGUCCUUAGGGGACGAUACCCUUCUACCUCUGCAAGGAGAUCGACCAACAAAAUGUAUAAGAAGGAAGCUUGGUAGGAUUUUAGUUCGUCUCCAGUUGUGGAUUGUGGAAGAUAUCAAGAAUAAAAAAUCUGAGAUGGAGCACCUCCACACUGACCAAUCUCUGCUUCUCACAAGGGAUUGUCCCAGGUCGUGCUGUUUGGUUUCAUUAUUCCUUUAUGGGAGGGGGAGGAUUGAAGAAGCUAUGCUUCAUAGUCUUGACUGGGAUACUGAUUCCCAGUGCCAUGCACUGCAUUUAAGGCGCACAGUUCCACUUUAAUGAGAACUGCAGAAUUAUUGGGCCUUUGAAAUCAUUCAUUUAUGGUUAGAAGAUGGCAAUAGUUUCUGCUUAUAUCUUGUAUAAGCUGAGGAUGUAGAUGUAGGGGAUACUGCCAGCGCUGAGGAAGAAGAAGGUGAUUCUUAAAAUAUUAAGGUCUUUUUCCAUGAGUUUAACACUGUUGCCGAUUUUAUACUUGUUUGUCUGGCAAGAAAAAGAAGUGAAAAAAUAAAAAUUGUACAGUAACUUCUUUUGGAAGGUGAGAAAAAAUACUUUUAAUUGUGGUGGCAUAUGGAUUGAUGUCAUAAUUAUAAAGUAAAAUUUAUAACUUGUUUAUUCUUCUUUUCUGCCACAAGACAGGGAGUAACCUUAUUUAUAUUAUGUUUUUCUCUAUAAAUCUCACUAUCUUCAACAUCCUCUUCUUAUCAUUCCAGAUCCUUUAUUCCGUCUUUCUUGGCAGCUUGCUCCUUUACUUUCAUUUAAAUUCUUUUUGUUCUAAGAUUCUGCUUAAAAUGUUGUAUGCAAACUGAAACAUUGGAAUUUGCGUCUUAUUGCUUGUCAACAUAUGAAUUAAUUGUUUAUUUCAUUAAAAUAAUUAUAUAUAAAACCUGCUACCAGAGAAGGAGACUGACGGAAUUAGAAAAAAUGGCAGAACAUUUUAAGAACUAUUAACUAAGAAUUAUCAUUGAUUUAUUAUUACAGUAAUAAUCGAUAAAUAUAUAUAAACAAAAAUAAGACAUAAUUCUGUGACUUAAAUAGUACUCCCAGAAUAAUCAUUAAUCUUUUCUUUUCUAUAUUUAUUUUCAUCCUGCUUGCCUAUUGCCAUUGUAGGUUUUGGUGGAAGUAAUACAUUCCAUCUCUACUGAUAGUUAUUUUUCAUAUUAAAAAUUUCUUUUAUUCUCCUUUCAUAUUUCUUACCUAAUGCUUCCAUUCCCUUGUAAUACUUCCUUGAUCGAAGGAGGUUAAAAUAAUUGUGCCCCAUUAUUUUGUUCCACUCAUGUGCAAAAGAUUUCAUUGUAAGGGCUGGGAUUAUGUUCAGUUUUCUUCAAUAGUUUAGAUGGCGUUGCCUCCAACACGGUGCACGUUAUGUUGAUGACAUACACAGUACUUUCCAAAACACCGUGGCAGGCCUCGAGCAGUAUUUCAAAUAAAGUACACAAUAAGAUAAUUCUAUUAUCUUGCAUUUUAAGAAGUAAAAUAUAAAAUAGAUUGUAUGUAACUGUAUUCUCUUUUUUAAAUACAAAAAAUCAUUUUUGUUUCAUUUCCAAGAUACUAAAAUACAGAAAUUUAUUUUAUUUUUUAUUUCAAAUACACCAAAUAAAUUACUAAAUAGAGUAGUUUCCGUGUAUUAUAUGCUGAUCAUCCACCAGAAAGUGUAUUUGAAAUAUAUUUUCUAAUGACAAUUUAAAUACUGUAUGUUUAUAAUUAUAUUUAAAAUACAUCUUACCAUAUCUGCACCAUGGUUGGAGCUUAGGGAGUUAAUGUCUUUCUGGAAGUCAUAAAGCUUCGCACAAAAUUCCUCAUGCCUCGGGAGCAAUUUACAACUUACAAAAGGAAAGAUGGACCUAUUUAGCUUUCAACCAUGAAUAUUUUGCGAGAAAGGAAGUAUUUUCUCAAGGUAGAAGUAGUACCUUUCUUGAGUAAUUAAUGGUGUCCUCUGGUAUCUUUUCUAUUUUUUUAGAUUUGCUGCAUUACAAUCCUCCCAUGAAGAUUUGAUAAUCUGCUGAUCCUUCUCCCUCGCACUGACCCUGUGAAAACCUGCGUUCCCUUAUGAGCAAAAGAUCCUCUUUAGUAGCUAUUUAGUUCCCUUAACUUCUUUCUUGUUGUUAGGAGUGGUUUCAAUCCCAGGUAAGUAAUAACCUAAUGCCUCAAACAGCUCUCUCCGAUAUGUCAGUUGUAGGCCACUGGUACUGGUGGCGGGACUUAGUCCGGCAAGUGUACCUAUUGGUCCUUUUUGCCAACCCCCAGUUGUGGACUAGGGUCAUUCUGCUUCUCAAGUAAUAGGAGUGAGGACACUUUGAAUCUUAUUCAAGGUUUCAACUUGCCGCCCCUGUCGAAAGGUAACCACACGCUUUGAAGGGGAAGUGGAAACCAUUCUCUUGAGUUGAUCUGAAAGAUAAGAAAGUGGCUUUCUUUGUUGACACUCAGGCAGCCAUUUUAUCUCUCCAAAAUGGAUAUAAUUUUAAUCCAGAUUUCCUUAAAUGUCACCUGUAUUUGGACCGAUUAAAGUAAAAUGGGGCAGAUGCCACUUUCCAAUUUUCCAGUGGACACCAGGCCAUUGCUAGCUCCACGGAAAUUAUGAAGCUGACAAACUGGCCAGAAUAGGUUCUGGAAUGAUCCAACCCACAUAUUCCUCUGGGCAUGGAUUUGACUAAAACAAUAAUAAAACAGACCCUCCAAAGUUCACUGAAGGAGAAAUAUGCACAAAAAAUUGAAGAGAUGCAAUGAAGUGGAUUGCUGGAAGAAAGUGGCAGGAUCCCGAGAGACCUCCCUAUAAAAGCUCGACAUGCCCUUUAUGUUCCUUAGAUAUGAUGACAGGAGAACAUCUUGAUACAUGCCCUGCAUUGCAAGACAUAAGAUGUUCCUUUAGGGAAAUGGACAUCCCUUAUGCUAGGAGAACAAAAUUAUAUUGGACUGGAAGAGAACGCAUGGCUGAUCAAGCAGGCGUUACUUAGGCAAAGGAAAAAAAAAAACUUUAAAUCUUCAGUCAAACCUUGUUCCAAGGUAACUUAUCGCUUCGGUGGGAUAUACUCUUAUGCUAUUCAUAAGAUAUUUAUAUAGGAGCGUGUCCUAGCAAUGAUUGUACAGUUUAGAAGGAUAAUUGGGUUAUGUAUGACCACAUAUAUUAUUACAGUAAGGCUCGAAAUCUGUUUCGUACCAAAUAUAAGCUCCUAUCAUGCUCAAAUGCCAUGAAUGGGAUACUGUUGGAUUCAGAAUUUCACAAGUGUUAGCAAAUCGUGUAUUCUCCAUUUUUGUUUUUGUUUCUAAAAUAAAUAAAGCCGAUAAAAACAUUUUGCUAGGCUUCAAUACUGGAACAGUGGUAGUAAGUCUGUAGAUCGAUACGGGACAAAUUGGGUUUUGAAGAUAUUGGUGUGUACAGCAAGACCUGGAUAGUUCCUUAGCUCUGCAUUGUUGAGCCCCAAAAUGUGUACUAUUUUCGUGAUAACGCAAGGUAAAGGGUUUGCAUCCACACAACCUUACAUUAAUUGUAGUACUAUCAUUGAAUACAUGUCUCAUUUCGUCGACUUGAGGCCCCUAUGUUGAAGAGAGGAGGAGUUAAUAUUAUUUAUUGAAGGUGUUUUUUGUAGGUAAGCCACAUUAUCAUAAUUCUUUACCAAAUCCCAAGAUUGAGCCACCAAUUUUGAAGGCUUCCUUCUUCAGGCGAGCAAAAUAGUCUAAUCACCCCGAUAAUUCAGGCAAAAAAGUUAUAAAAGAAAAGAAACUCAAUUUGCGAAUAACUAAAAAAUUACAAUUUUUCCUGUAUAAAAGAUUACUAAAUUCCCUACAAAAGGAAAAAAAAAAUAAAAAAUCAAUGAAAUCUGACAAUUUUUAGGACAGAAACAGCUUAUUGAAAUUUGUAAACAUGUUAGUUCCAAGCUUUAAUGAAGUUUUUAAUUAAUUUUUAUUUCCUUUUUCAAUUAUAUUUAUCGAGAAAGUACCAAUUGAUUUCUUUAUCUUCUGAUAACAUUGCAUUAUUUUAUUUUCGCACGGGCCUACUAGUUUAAUAAAAAACAGCAAAUUAUGAGGCCCUUUAGGUUCAGCAGAUUUUCUAUGAUCCAAGUUAAAUGUAUUUUGGAAUUCUUUUACCCAUUUGAUAUCUGUCUACUUUCUCUAUUUCUUAGAAAAAAAUAAUGUUUGGAGGCAUGAUUUAAUUUUUUAAUGUCUCCACAGCCUUUUUUCUUACCUUGUCAUUACCUUCUUUUCUCUCCUGUUUAAUUUUGAUUGUUUUAUGGUUUCCUUGGUAUUUAUUACCAUUUAUAAGAAAAUAAUCUUAAAAGGGAAUUGAUUCUUAAAAAAAUAAAAUUAGAGAAGCUAUCUCCAUUUUAUUUUAUUACGAUCCUACCAUCUAGAGAAACCACAUUUCAUUACGAUCCUACCCUUCUAGAGAAUCCACAUGUCAUUACAAUCCUAGCCAUUGCAAAUAAGAUUUUAAUCCUAAAGCUAUUGGUGUGUUGUAUUAGUAGGAUUAGAGUUUAAUAUCACUUUUUGAUUGGUUAAUUGUUAAAUCCUCAAUUUGUUUCAAAGUUCUUGUUUCAGGAAAUGUAUUCUUUAAUGUUUAAACAACGGAUUUAUUUGUAAAAUAAAAGUUAUUUACAUUCAUGGAAAAACAUUCUUCAAACAUUAUGAAAACUGACAAUUAUUCAGUGCCUUUCAUCUGAAUAUAAGGAUUAUUUUUAUAAUUUUCUUAUUUAAUUUUUCAACGUCUACGAAAUAUGGUAUGUAUGACUAUUUCAUUAUAUUAUUGCUCUGCUAUGUUGUUUUUUUUUUUUUUUUUCAUCAGUAUAUAAUACUGGAAAAAUUCAUAAAAAAAUUUAAAUGAAAACAAUUUAAAAAACAUCUUUUAUCACUUAUGUAAAUUUCAUUUAUAUUAAUAUUAAUAAUCAUGGACUUCGGCAAAUCUCUUUCUAAAAUAAAUAAGUAUAAAUUAUAACAAAGUUAAUCAUUUUUAUUUGUAAUGAUGUGCUUUCAAAAUAUCAAUGUUAUAUGUAUUUGUGAACUUUGUUGAUUGAUUCUUCAUUAUAAUCGUUUUUCAUAAAAACAGUUUUGAAGUCAUUACUAUUGAGCGGGCUGAAGGAUUGCCUUAGCAUUCAUGAAUCAAAAGCGGCGUCAGUUCAAAUCUGAUCUUCUAAUUAAAUUUUUUUAAAAUGUCUUAUCAAUAGAAUAAAUCAUGAAUUUCUCAUUCAGGCUAAAAUUUGUUCUUUUCAAAGAUCUCUAAUUGGAGUCCAUAAAAAUAUUAAACCUAAGCUAUGUAAAACAACCUCAUUAUAAUAGUAAUUUAAAAAAUAAAGAAUUUUUUCACACAUUUAUUAGUAUUUGAAGUAUAAAAUUGUUAAAACUUCUUUACUAUAGACUUUCCCCUAUUCGCAAGCAUAAAGAAAACCCAACAUUUCUACAACACUUAAGGUGAAUUUUUAUGAGAACGAAGAAGUUAUAAAAAAUCAGUACCUAAAAUUAAAAUACGCCCAAUCUACUACUACGCUAAGUAUCGGAAUGCAUUACCUCUAGCCUUCCUUUGUCCUUUAAAGGAAUAAUUUACUAUUUGGCUGGGAUCUAGAGUUAUUUACGCUAACCUAAUUUUAACAAUUUAGAGUACAAUCCAAUAUAAACAUUGAAAAAAUAAUAAUAAACAACUCCUUAUGCAUGGCUAUAUUGAUCAUCUCAACUUAAUUUCAGUAAUAAAAAUAUUCAGAAUGAUGGUAUAAUAAAUACAAUAUAAAAGUAUAUAUAUUUAGUUAUCUGGUUCUGUUAAUGGAUGCAGUCCAUUACUUUUGAAUGGUACCAAGGAAGAAAGUUCAUUUAAUUUAUUUUAUUUUUAAUCUGAAGAAAAAGUUAUGUUUAUCUCAACUUUGGAGUGAAAUCAACAAAAAUGUUGUAAUCGUUAUUUGGGAUGGGGUGUAAGUGUUUGUAAUUUAUAUUGUAUUUGUUUUUAAGGCUUAGUUUUAACUUGUUGAUUUCCUUAGGGGUAAGUUUAAAUCUUUCCUCCAGCUUCAAUUUGUUUAUACUGUGCAGUUAAAAAUCUGUUAGCUAAUUUUAACCGUAACUAAAAGUAAACAAAACCAAAGCAAUAUUUGACAUCAGCAUUCAUUGUCAACAGAAAGCGAAACUUUUUUUUAUUUUAAUACAUAAAUUAAUUUGAAGACAAAUUUUGUUGUGUAUAUUCAUUACAAAAAAAAAAAAUUAUGAAAAACAUAUUUAUUCAUGUUUCAAUGUUAUUUAAUUAUUCGGAUAAAUAAUUAUUUUAAUUCCGUCUUCCUUUUUUUAAAGCUCAUUUUAGGUAAACAAUUAUGUACAAAGUUCUUCUACAAUGAUUUAUAUUCUGUAAAUUCCAAUGGUCUUUUUUAUUUUAAUGAUCAUUAAAUCAUACAUUCUAUAAAGGAACAAAUUUUGUUUCAUAAUAAUCGUUAACAUUUAAUUUUUUAUGAUUUAUUUUAUAAUUUGCAAUUAAUUAUUGUAUUAAGUUGAAAAUGUUUUGACGAAACUAUUUAAUAACAGAACUAAUUGUUUUUUUUCUAGCAUUUUACAAGAAAUGUGUUUAAUGAUCCAAAAGGCUAAAUGGGAUAGAUGUACUAGGGUGAAACCUGAGUUUUACUCUAGAAUCAAUAUCCCGAUUUGGUCAUAUUUUGUAUUAAAAAUAUUACAUGUACUUCACUUGAUUGGAAAAAGGUAAGUCUUUUAAUUUUUAUUUAACGGAAGGGCUCAACUCAAAUUGAAUUAGGUGGGGGAGGGAUACUAAUAAAAUAUAAUAUAUUUUAAAAAAUAAAUACGUCUUGGGAUUAUUUCUUUCUUUUUUUUGAUAUGUUGUACUAUAACCCAUAGAUUCCACGAGGCUCUUUACCACUCCUGUUGGUGUUCUCUUGGCAGUAGUCCCUAAACGAAUCCAUUUUAGACCAAAACGCCCUCACUUGAGUUUUUUUAUUGCGAUGUAAUACCUUUAGCUACAUGUUUGUGUUGACAUUUGGUAUUGCUGGAUUGUCUUGUCGAUAGGCUUGCGACAUUCAGUUUUAUUCAACUCAGUUGGGUAUUAUUGCAAGAUUUCAAUUAAAUUUGUAGCAAUAUAUGUUAAAUAAAUAAUGUUAUUAUUGUCUUUUUCGUAGGUGUUAGUGUGAGAUAUGAUCUCUUUUGUAUGGUUUGCAUUACUUAAUAGUUUUCUCAUAUUUUUCUGUCCUAAUAAAUGUUUGUAUCAAAGGUUGGCUGGUUAUUUAGUAAGUACCUGGUUGGUGUUGCACCAAUAAUAAUUUCUAACUUGUUUUUUGAAGUUAUAUAACUCAUUAAUUUAUCUUGCUUUUUAUAUUUUAAGUAUUAAUUACAUGCCAUUAUUUGAACGCUCAUAAUAAAUAAAUGUCCUAGUUUUGUAUUAUUACCAAUUAGUCUUGAUCUCCAUUGCAGACGAUGUAUAGAUGGACUGAAGAAAAAGAGGACUCGUGUAUUUUUGUAUUAGUAAAUUAGGUUUGAGCCUCUUCUUAACUGAUUAAUAAUUAACUAAUUCUUAUGAUCCUAACUCAAGUUCUGUUUUCGCAUGGGUUGGGUGUUUCCUUCUUGUUUCAUCUUGAUAAUUAUGACGAAAUUAACUGUCUCUGGUUGUUGAGCUGAAUUGUUGCGACAGUUGUAGGUCAUUGUUAAAGGAUAUUGCCUGAUGUGAGGCACUAGCCGUGUACAUGUUGAUUUUCUUUCUUAAUUGGAUGGAUUAAAUUAGUCGCAGAUUAAUGAGAGCUGAGAUUAAGGAGGUCACUCUACGGAUGUAAACACUGGUUCUUCGAUAACGGUUUGUAUUGGAUGGACAUGGAUCAUUCAAGAUAACUAGGUAAAUUGUAAUUAAGAGGUCUGUUUCGUGUUCAUUAUUUUUUUUUCUUUUCGUAAUCUAUUUUUUGUUUGUUGCUAUGUACUAUUAUUCUUUUAAUUUUUUUAAUGAACUUUUCAAAAUUUUCUUGACCUUAUAAGUUAAAUAAUAUUAUUUUAAAAAUAUUUAUGUCCGAUCAAGUAGAGUUAGACUGGUAAUACAUUUUUCAUCAGUUUACAUUUUAAGUUUUUUCAGCAACACGUGAUGAUCUAUUGCAUCUACUUUUUGUAAAUAAAUAGUUUAUCUCUAAUUAGGCAGUUAAGUAUAAGAUUCACUCUGUGACAGAAUCUACCAAUGGUGGAAUUUUUUUCUUUCUAUUCUAGGCUUUCAUUUAAAUGCAUGACUUUAAUUUAAAGAUAAUAUUACGGCUAUAUUAAUUUGAAUAUAAAUAAUAUAUAAAAGAAAUAAUUUUGAUUUUAAUAUUUGUUAAUUAUAAAUUAAAAAAAUACUCUAGUUUAACGAUAUCAGUUAAACUAAACUAUCAUUCCUGUCAUAAAGAAAUAAUGAAAUCUGAUACCAGACUGCGUCACAAAUCUUAAGGAUUUUUCAUCAUAAGGUUAUACCAUACCUAAAAUUUUAGAUUUUUUAAAAUUUUACUUUUUUUUAUUAACAAAUUUAUUAAAAAUGUCUUACUACAUGUAGGAGUUUUAUCUGCCUUUAAAAAAUUCAAUAUUUGUAUUUCGUUGAUUAUAAAUUUUCAGAUGUUGCAGUUGCCAAUCAUACAUAAUUAUGAAGAAACUUAAUACUGUACUGUAUACCAGUUGAUUUAAUGCAUUAUGUCAUCGAAAUUCUUUUAGUUUCAAAAUCUUAUCAGGUUAUUCAAUAGAAAUGACGGUUUUAAAAUUUGGUUUAAAAAGGCUUACUUCCUGAAUUCAGAUUUGUGCUUAAAAACUUGCCCAAAAUAUUAAUCAAUGAAUUCAAAUUUCUAAAUAUAAUUAAAUAAAUCAUGCUGAGUAUGAAAACUGCUUCAUUCUUUUAAACAGUUAUUUUAUGUUACAAAUAGAAAAAAAACAACGUAGAAUUGAUUUUUCAUAUUCAAUUUUUGAUGUUAUAAACAUGUAAAAAAUAAUACAAUUGAAUAAAUCUUAAAUGAUGAAUUAAAGAAGUAUUUAUACAAGUUUACAGUAUCUUGUCCAAAGUGCAUGUUGUAAGAAUUCAUUCUGUAAAAUAAAGAACAUGUGUGGAUUCAUAUUUGUAGAGAUGAUGUAGGGAAGGUAUUUACUUGAUCUGAAAUGUGUGUUAUCUUUUAACGAAUUUGUAAUAAAGUAUCUUCUCUCGACUAAAACUAAUACUUUUUUAUACUACUACAUUUGAUAGUUUUAAUGUUUUAUCAUGAAAUAACCUGUGGUGGUAGAGGGAGAGAAUUAAAAUACCUGUAAUACAAUUUAUAAAUAAUCUUUUCCCCUUAUUUGCCUUUAAUAAGAGUAAUGGCUUUAUUGCAUUUUACCUUUUGGUGUAUUAGAGGAAUUUGUUCUGUCUAUUAUUAAACUUUGAAUUUAUUUGAUUUGCAGAAUGAAUAUAUAAAUUACGCAAUUACUAACUAAAGUUUAUUUCUAUCUCAAUAGUACAGAAUUUCAGAUAUACAUUUUACUUUUCUUUUUUUUUUUUUUGAGUUUUAGUUUAAACUUAUUUUAUUUUACCUUUAAUUUUUCUAUGCAUGGUAGUUUAUAAUGAGUUGAGUAAUGAUUCUUUUCGUUUCUUUCAUUCUUUUGAUUUAUGUGUAAGUGUUCGCUUUUCAAAUUUAUGGUGGUUGGUAUUUAUUUUAAACAGCUAUUUUAUAAUUAUUCAUUUUCUAUCUAAUUCAAAUUAAAUUUUGUCCAAUUAAUUAAGGGUUAGUUUUGAUUUAUGAUGUUUGAUUAGUUUUAAUAUAUAUGAUAAUUAUUAUUAAUCAUUCGUUCGUAUUCCUUUUGGGAUCGGUCAUUACUCACUAAAAAUAAUAGAAAUUCAACUGCUGUGCUUUCCCUUUUUUUUCUUCUAAUGAAGCCAAUUAGCCGAUUUUAAGCAUUGAUUUAUAUUACUUUUAAUAUCUCUAGAACUUACUAGAAUUUUUAGUAAGUGAAUUAUUCAAAUAAAAGCAAAAAAUUAAGGAUUAAAGUUUAAUUUUUAAAUUGUUGCGGCUACAUUGACUGCACUUACAGAACCUAUCACCUAAUAUAUGAUUGAAAUUAAGGUUUCUAAUAGUUGGGAUUGAGGAGAACGGUAACAGGCUAACAACUUGAACGUAGACAGGGCGAUGUGUGCAUAGCUUAUGCUGGGAGAUCAUGCCCAAGCAUUGUCAAAUUUGCAAUCUUUAACUUUUUAAAACAUUUUUAUUUGUAAAUCAAAUGUUAUUUCAAUUAUAAAAAGUUACUUGGUGAUUAGAAGAGGAGUUAUCUUAAAGUUGUUUGCCUAUAGGGAUUGACAUUUUUAUUUAUUACUUCAUCACGGGAAUUGAUGCUCACAGGGUCCAAGAAACCAGUUUGACCUACAAUUGUUGAGAAUUAAUAAUUUUCGCAGUAAUGGUACGUUUUUACCUCCACACCAUUGGUGACGCAUCAGUUAUCUUAAUUUUUUUUAAAGUUCCUGUCGAUUGAUUGUAAUUAGUGAAAUGAUAAAUCUUUUACAGUCCUCUUUCAUGUUAAAGAAUCGAAACUAAUUUUAAUAUUCACGUUACCUGAUGAAUAUUAUCAUUGUUUAGAAUUGGUAUUUGUGAUGUCAACAGCCAUUUGGCGAUACAAAAUAUAUAUUUUUCUGCAAAACAAUUUCAUGUUCAAACUAAAUUUUUGUUGAUUAUUAUUAAUUUUUUUUUUAUGCGAUACAAGAUUUGAUAUUGGGGGGGAGUACAUGAGUUAUAUGCAAACGAACUAUUCAUUUUCUAAGUCACUUCUCUGUCACCUAUUUUUAAGUUUUACUUUAUUUCAACUCUAUAAUUUAGUUAAUUUAAUUUGCAAUGUUUUAGUUUUUUUAUAUUGUGAAAUAAAUCGUGCUUUUAAUUUUUUUUAUUGCUUAUUUGUUAUGUUGGAAUUUUUUACUAUUAUAAUUGCCAGAUUUGCUAAUGAUUAUUUAUUACUGUUGAAUAUUUUCAAGGAUGGACGAUGAUAAUUUCAUUGUGCUGUGUCGGAGCAGUGUCAGCUGGUUGGUAUCCUAUAAAUUAUUCGAUUAAAAUACGCUCCGCUCGAAAUAAUGGACUGGUAAAAAUACAAAUUUAUCAUGAGCAAUCUCUGUUAUUAGAUUGUUACCAUUAUAUAUUUAUUUUAUGUGACCAUUUUGUAUUUUCGAAUUGAAAUUUAUCUCGUAUCAGUAUAAAAACAAAUAAUAAGAAUCGUAAAAUAAUGGCUGUAGACUGUAUUAUAUAAAUUGCUUAUCUGAAAUAGAUAAAAUUUUUGUCUUAUAAUUUUUAUGAUUUAAACAAAUAGCUAUGGAUUAUAAUUAUUAAUUAUAAUUACAAAAGCUGAAAGUAAAAUUUCUUAAUCUUACCUUAAUUUGUAUGUGUUUGUAUACUAAUAAUUUUUAAGAACUGAAAGUUAAAGCAGAUAACUAUAGUGUUCUAGCUUACCGGUAUUUCAUAUUGAAAUUAUUUUUAAAAAAUAUAUAUGUUAUUAAUUCUUCAGAAAAUUAAUGAAAUGGGUUAUAUAUCAUUUAAUGUGUUACUCUCAAUCCUUCGAUGACUGUUAAAUUAUUUUGUACCUCAAACUUAACUACGUGUGGUUAUAUUAUAGCCUGGAUCUUGACGAUCCCACCGUGGCUGGAAUAGAUUAAUAACCAGUAAGAUGAGUGUCACCAACAGAAAUAGCCAACUAGAAAGAAAAGUACCCCACACAUUUUAAGUGCUGUGUAACACUUUCAAACAGGCAGAGCGAAAGAGAAUAAACUUCCAUUCUCGGUGUACAAUGGCACAGCUUUUUACCCUUCAUUUAUAUUGGCUUCGGAGAGGUCCAACUUGUAAAUAGCUUCUGCAGCGGACGCAUGUAUAUCAGAAGAUUGCUGAAGAUUACCUAAGCCUUCUGUAAAGACCUUUUAACUCAGGUGCUGUAGACAUUGGUGCUUCCUAAUUUUUUCUGCACAGACUGAAUUAAUUUUACCAUCGCAAUCUUAUUUCAUUUCCUUUAUUCAUAUUAUCAUUCAAAUCCGCUUAUAAAUAAUAUCAAAUCCGUUUUAUUUCUUGAUUUAUUUAAUACUGUUACAUAAUCUGUAUUUACCUAGGUGGUUAUUUUUGGUUGUUGCCAAUGAAAAGAUUUCCCUGGUCAUCUGACAUCGUAGUGAUUUUUUUUUUCAUAUUUUAUUUAUUUGGCCAUAAAUUAAAGGAUGUCUGUAUUCUUUCACUUUUUCACUGUUGUUGUUUACCCACUUUUUGUCGAGUGGCAAUUUAAACAUUUUCUUUGCAGUGUUUUAUAUUUUUGCUUCCAGUCCUCACCGAAGGAAAAACUUGUUGCAUUAAGCCCUUUUAUCAGUGACUGUCAUAUUGCUUUCUAAAUGUUAUAAUGCAUUGGCAAUGAAAGUCGUUAUUUCAGGAACAAUGCACCUGUUUCUAUUGGUUUAGAGUAUAACUGAUAAUUUUGUUUAUAGACACCUCCUUUAUUGCUAAAAUUAAAAAAAAAAAGGUUGAUUCUUUACACUAAAUAUUUUCUUGUUGAUUUUUAUCUUAUAAAGUUUCAGGUAAAACAAUUUUUCUUAAAAUCUUUCAAUCGCCUUGUGUGUAAUUUCUGAAAUAACAAAUUCAAUAAUUAAAUUGUUGGUACUUUUUUUUUCUAUUAUAAAGUUCGGUCUUGCAGAAACUUAUCUGAUGAUUAUAACUACAUAGGACAUGAUUAUUACAUUACAUAGCUAUAUGAAAAUGAAAUGGUUUUGCGACCAGCCCAGUAGAAGAGAAAAUCUUCAUUCUUGCCUGUUUUAUGUGGAAACCCCUGAAGUAUUAAAUUAAAAUAAAAUAAAUAGUUAUAAUUCAUCAAAUAAACAUUCCGCCUUUGUUUUAAUUGAAUUGCCAUUAUUUUAAACUGAAGUUAAAAGUUGAGCUAAAUGCCAUUGUUUGUUUUAUUGCAAGUUGUUUUUUCUCUUAGUCUGACGGAAUUUUUAAUAUUUUUUCUGCUGCUGCAAACUGAUGAUAAACAUUCUUUUUCUUAUUUUAUUCUAAAGUCAGAAGGCGGUUUUACAUGAGUACAUGCCAGUGGACAAAAUAUUCUUUGAUGGGUAACAUCAGAUAGAAGUUGGCAUGAAACAACAUUAUCAUACCAAAAUAACUAGACUAAUCAAUUACUUAUUCCCAAACUUAAGGGCAUGAUAAUUGAGGUUAAUUUUGCAAGAGAGAUUUUAUAAAAAUUGGACUUAUUUAAAUGAUGAAAUAAAAAAUGACGGAUUAAGAAUCUAAGGUUUUGAUGAAAAUAUUUGUUGAUGGAGUAACGUUUGGAGGAGGGCAAUACUCACUUUUUUUUUUUUUUAAUGAAUUUAACCUCUGCUAAUAUUUUUCUUCAUAUAUUAAGAAUUAAAAUUGAUGAAAUAAUAUGAAGUGAUUAUAAUGUAAAAAUAUAUUUUAAAAACUAAACUGGAGUAAUUUGUAAGAAAUGUAGGAUAUCUAUCUAAACUUAUAAGGUAGUUAUCGUUUUUAAUAAUUCUGGUUUUAUCUCAAUUUUUUAAUCUACUGUGUUAAAAUCAUAUUAAUGAUUUGUCUCAUUAUAUUGUUUAUUAUUUUUUUUAUGCUCUCUAAUCAUUUGUUUUACUUUUAAUAAAUAUUAUCUUUAUUUCAAACAGUGAAUUAUUUUAUAUUUCCGUGUUUCUAUGUUUAAAAUUGAUUAAUAAGGUAAAUCACUUUUUGUAAUGUUGUACUCCAGUACUGACUUUAAAUGAAUCUGUUCUUAAAGUUUUGAUCGAUUCGGUUGAGGUCUAAUUUUUCUAAAAUAACUGUCUUAACAGUGCCUUAAUGAAUGUUUCCAUAUUUCAGCCUUUUUAGAAAUGCUUAAAGAAUUAAAUAUAUUUAGGGAUGAAUUGAGGUUUUAUAAAAAAGCAAAUUAUAUUUACUACUUUUAUUCAUUUUUUGUAUGAGAUAAUAACUGUACUACAAUUUAGCCUCUUUAUUGAUUGUUGAUUAUUUCACUUUCAACUUUGGAUAUUGAUAAUUUGUUUAUUUCAGAUGAGGAGCUUGAUUUCAGCUGUCUAAAUUCUUUGCUGUCCUGCGUAAUUGAAAAGAAUGGUCGUGGACUUGGUGCCAUGAGAGACUCAUACUAGUACGAAAGGAGCAGAGCAGUAAAAUAGCCAGCAUCGUUCUGUUUAAGGUGAGAAAAGUGAUAGGGAAAGAAAAGUUGGCUUGUGAAAAGUAUGAAGAAAGAAAAUGAUUGGUAGACCGACCCUUGAGUCAGUGGUUCUUUGGAGCUGUGGGUGAUUGCUGGCGUUUGAGGAGGAUUUUCGUCUUUCUAAUAUCAAGUUGAUUCCAUUAGCUGAUCGCAGAAUAAUAUGGAUGACCGGCUUGAUAUCUUCUGAUGGAAGUAAUUUGUAUCUUCUUAUGGUUGCAGCGAUGAUUGCUUUCAUUUCUAGCAGAGCAAAUUUUUGACCUAAGCAUAUAUAAUCUUAUAUUAUAUUAUUGUGGAAUGUUUAAAUCAUGAAAAGUUUGGAUACUACAAUUGUGUAAUGGAUAGAAAUAUACUGUUUUAUAAAUAUACUCAUG